AUGUUUCGUACACUCAGAGCAUCCCAGCGUCGGUCGCUGGUAAACCUGCUAUUUGGAACGACUGCUCUCUUUGCCACAGCAACUGUCGUACUUCCUUCUUUACUUCCUUGUCCCGCUAUGCAGAAUCCUUAUGUAGGUUCCCAACCCAACGCUCAAGAGGAACCUACCAAAUCCGAAUGGUCCUCUUCCAUCGUGGUUAUUGAUGACAAACAAUCGCAGAAAGGUCAAAGCACAACCCCAUCGUCUACGUCUCAUUAA